AUGGCAGAUAUCUCAGGGUUACCCCAUUUUGUUCUUGACAAUACUUUUGGUGCGGCUUUCAUUGGGUUGGUUGUUGCAGCGACGCUGCACGGAGUUUCUUGUGUUCAAGCCUGGUACUAUUUCACUCAUCAAGGCGAUCAAUGGCCAAUCAGACUUCUCGUCGGCGCCGUCAUGGCAUUUGACACCAUACACCAAAUACUCAUCACGCAUACUGUUUAUAUAUAUGCCAUUUCGAAUUGGGGAAAUCCCAAAAUUCUUGGCCGACUUGUCUGGAGCAUGUUGGUCGAAGUUUUAUUCAAUGGAUUCACCGCGUUCCUCGUUCAAAGUUUUCUCGCAAUGCGCAUAUGGAAAUUCAGCAACCGGAACCCUUGGCUUACCCUUUUAGUCGGUUUACUUAUAGCUGGGGAAUUUGGAUGCGUCUUAUCUUAUACAGUAUUGGCAUUACGAUUUGAGACCUUCGCCCAACUCGCCCACCUAAAAAGCUUAUCGAUCAUAGUCAACGCGUUGGCGGCAGCAGGCGACGUGCUCAUCGCCGGGACCCUAUGCACUAUUUUACACCGCUCUCGCACCGGAUUCCAUAGAUCAGAUACAAUGAUCAAUAAACUCAUCCUCUUCUCAGUGAAUACGGGCUUCCUCACGAGCCUUUGCGCCAUCGCUUCCCUGAUCUCCAUUGUCGUUGCUGGCCACACAUUUUUGUACAUUGCCUUCUUCUUUUGCAUUGGACGUCUAUAUUCAAACUCUCUGCUCGCGACCCUCAAUGCGCGCAAGAUGAUCCGCGGAGCUGCAGACGGAGUCCAUAGCACUAGCACCUGCGAAAACAUGUCUCUAAAAUCAUUUAGCCAUAAUGCGAAGUCAAAGACUGUGGGUGUUUCGUCGGCAGCCGCUCGGCGACAAGCGAAUAUAUCCAUUAAAAUUGACACUACGAAAGAAUUCGCUACUGACUCGGAUCCGGAGAAUGAUACGGAGAAACAUUCCGUGGUGAUGAUGACGCCCACAUGUAUGACUCAUGGGUGUUUAGAGCUUGGGAAAGGGGGUGAUAUGGUGUGA